AUGUCAUAUUUUAACAAGGAUUUGAUUAAAAAAUAUACACUGGGUAAUUUAUUACCUAAUUAUUCUAUUUCUAUGGCUUUGAUUUGUGAUGUUAAGAAUACAAAUGAUAUUGUUGAUUGGAUUCUUAAUAAACACACGAAAGCAAGGAAUACAUUUAAUGAACAGGAUAAACUCUGUGUAUUUGUAAAUGCUAGGAUGGUAUAUUCUGUAGAGCAUAUGUUGAAUAGUAUAAUGUGUUCUAUGUUAAGACAGAAAUUAAGACAUAAAACUAAAACUAAAUCAAUUGAAACAGAUAUACUUUAUUAUUUGUCUACCUCUACUAAAAUUAAAAGUGCUCUCAAUAUAUUUGGUAUAUCAGAAUAUGUGGAUUCAAUACUUGUUACUUGUAUCAAUAUGAGUGAAACAGAGAUGUGUGACUGUAUUUCUAAUAUAAAAGGUAAUAUUAUUGAUAUUGAUAAACUAAGUAAAGUGCAUAAUAUAAAGGAUAUUUAUAAGAUGAUCAAUUAUUCAAAUGUAAAACAGUCUAGUAAGCUAGACCCAAUGGAUAUCUUUAUUCAAAAUAUAGCUAUUAAGGAUAUUUAA